ACGAUCAGUUUAGGCUUAUCUUCUAGUUCGAGAUAUCAGGCAUUGAUACAUGAUGGCAUUCAAAGCGGUAUUGAUGUUGGGCGUUGUGUGCUUGGCACAACAGUCACUGGCAAUUAACUUCGAUCUCAGCACUUCUUACGCCAGGAAAGCUUUGAGACUAGCUACACAUUAUCUACCGGGCCACUACAAUGACUUUCACCCGCAUCCAACACCACGUGGUGAAAGAGCUUUAUGUCAACUAGAAGAUGAAUCUUGUUUUUCGUAUGAUCCGGAUUCGGGAAUUGGUCCUCAGUGUUGGUUCAAGAUUGAUUUUCCCCUUAAUAAAUGUUGUGACGAACGAAACUCAUUCCAGUCGCCAAUCGACAUACCAGUUAGCCACCGCACGUAUCGUGUCAGGAACAAGUUGAGAUAUAGACGCAGCCAUAUUAAGGGAGAAUUAAUAAAUAAUGGUAUUAACCCCAAAUUUGAACCCGAGGAUGAGGACGUCAAGCUGUAUGGCGUGCCUAAUAGCCGUCGAUCGUACAUCCUCGACAAUGUUCACCUCCAUUUUGGUCCACGUGGAGACGACAGACAAACUGAACAUACAAUUGGUGGCGAAAACUUUGACGCAGAGGCUCACCUUGUCCACCAUCGUUCCGAUUUUAACAAUUUGUCAGAAGCUAGUAUACACCCGGGUGGUAUUGUAGUUGUGGCGAUUUUGUUCUCGAAAGAAGAGGGUUCAAAAAGUCCAGCAUUUGAACAGAUAUUCAACCAACUGGACGAGGUUACAGAGUUCGAUGACGAAGAAAAUGCUUGUUUCUUGGAGAAUAUAUUGACCUUUAUUAGAAGAAUAUUUAACCUCGAAGAAGAUGGUAGAUGUAGAUCAGCGGUGACACCAAUGUUUCCUGACUCUCCUUCAGAAGAAAAAAAAAUGAGGAAAUGUUUGUUGCAUACUAAAGAGUCCAAAUGUGGAGACCAUGCAGAAAACAUUUAUUUAAACCCAAAUGAGCUGUUAUCUGAAUCCGCUAUAUACUAUAAUUAUGAGGGUUCUCUAACAUCUCCAACUUGUACUGAAGCUGUCACCUGGUUAGUUGCAGAAGAACCAACCAGAAUAAGCGACGAAACGUUGAACUCUUUAGCUGCAUUGGAAUCGAGAUUUACCGGAGACCUUAUUUCAGAUAAAGGAAACCUGCGACCAACACAAUCACUAGCAGGACGUAAAGUAAAGAAAUUGAGAUUCCGGAAAUACGGUUGGCCUACACGCGGGCCUACACGUGGGCCUACACGUCGUUAUGACGAACCUCUGUAACCCUAAGCUAGAUUUAAUAAAUGAACGACUUAAAGAUGCAUUAUAUAAGAUUUAGAUAAAGAUGACAGUUUUGGCUAUAAUAUUUAAAAAAAAGAUAAUGUAGUUAUUGUCCUUGGAAGAACAGUGAAGCCUCGAUUGUCAUUGCUACUGUUGUUACAAUAAUAAGAAAAAAAAUUCGAUUAUCCAUACCAAUCGUAUUUAAAUCUGUUCAAAAUCAAAACCACCCGAAAUUCUAGAGAGUUGGGUCUGACAUGUAAACAAACUAAUUAAUAGGUUAUUUAACAUUUGAGACUAAAAAAAAGAACUACAUUAGGCAGAUUUAGCGCUUGAAUAAUGCAUCCUUAAACGUCCAAUAUUUCGACGUUUUUCCUUAAUAGACGGAAAGGGAUAACGUUUUAUCUAAAAAGAAAUUGCAAAAGAAACCAAUGAUGUUUGGUUCAAUUUAUACACAAAUUCGACCAAUAUGGCAGCCUCAAUGGAGUUUGUUACAGCGAUGACAUCUUGUAGCCAGUGUGUUAUAGUGCUGGGACAAUAAAUAAUUACCUGUUAAAUUCUUCACAAGGUGAUUGUAGAAGCGAAAUAUGCCGAAAUA